AUGACAGGACUAAAUGAUUACAGUUCGAUGAUUGAUAUCGUACUUUCUGAUAUGGAUUUGGAAUCAGUCACAACUAAAAAGGUUAGAAGGUCUUUGAAAGAGGUAUAUGCAGUUGACGUUGAAUCACAGGGAAAAGACAUUAAUAAAUUAAUCAGAAAACGCUUGGAAUGUGUGAAAGAAAGGCCUCCCUCUAAAAGAUCUCUUCAAGAUUUACUGAGGGAGAACGCCAUUUUGGCGAUGGACCUUACAAAGGAUAUGACUAUAAACAGACGAUUAUUUGAAGAAGAGGAAAGAAAUGAUAAUAAGACAAACGAUAAUUAUAAUAAAAGAAAAAAGGGCGCUGUCAGUAAGUCACCUAUCUCAACGCAAAAAGUUGCAUUAUCAAAAUCUUUGGUGCACCUGCUGGGAGAGACUCGGCUGACUAGAACUGAAGUGGUACGACGAAUCUGGGCAUAUAUUAAAGAGCAUAACCUACAGAAUCCUAACAACAAGAAAGAAAUAUUGUGUGACGAUAAUCUUGGGUUGAUAUUUGGCGAAAGUACUGAUAUGUUUGAAAUGCACAAAACUUUGGUAAGUCAUAUGACGGAUCCCAAUAAAACAAGUGACCAGCAGCCUCUAGUCCAAGCUGUCCACAAAAAAGAGAAACUCGGCGCUUCAGAUUCAGAGAAACCUGAUGAAAAGGACAUAUGA